AUGCGACUUGGUAAAUACGAUAUACAAACACGUUUGACAAAAGAACUAUGUCAACAAUUAGAAAUUAAUGACAACAGGCCGUUUACGUAUCGUGACAUAUCAAAGGUUGAAAAACUGCUCAAAAUUCAAAUUAAAGUCGUAAACGCCGAUAAUUGUUGUGAAAUCGACUACACCAGAACUGAAAAUAAAUACAAAGUUUACCUUUUGAAAAAAGAUGAUCAUUUUUAUUCUAUUUUUUCUAUGUCGGCGUUUAGAGAACGUGUGUACUACUGCGAGUUAUGCGAUACGGGGUAUAACAAUAAAAAGAAGCACUCCUGUAAAAAAGGACAGGGGCAAAAGUGUAGGCUGUGUAACGAAAAAUAUCACAUACAAAACUUUGUAAGCAAAAAAAUUUACUGUCACGAGUGUAACCGUUAUUGCGUCAAUAAUGACUGCUUAAGAAAGCAUAAAGACGUGUGUGAUAAAGAAUAUUAA